AUGCCCGCGGAGCUUUACUCUCUCCGCUCCACACGGAAGACAUGGACGCACAAAGAAGCCCACAAGACCUGGACGGCGAGGCGGGCGGCUGCGAAGCGAGGCAGGACCUCGUACCGCUACAUCCCCAAGCCGACCGAAAAGGUCCUACGGCUGCACGACGGACUGAGACUCAAAGACUUCCUCUUCAACCGGAGAGUGCCGGACGCCACGGACGCCCAGUGCCCAUGCCGGGAAGGACGCAAAACGGUAUCGCACGUCCUGCUGCGAUGCCGCAAGUAUCGACAACUCAGGGGCCAGGAACUAGGCCCCCUUCCAGGACGACACGACCUCCGGGACAUAUUGAGCGAGCGCAAGGCAGCCGCAAAGGCCAUCAAGUUUAUGGAACUGACGGAGAUCGUUGGGCAAUUCAGGAUCGUGUCCCACACCAGACAAAGCUGA